AUGGCCGAGCAGACCAAAAAACUCCCCGCCAUCCGCGCCUGCCUCUUCGACAUGGACGGUCUCUUGAUCGACAGCGAAGACCUCUACACCAUCUGCACCAACGCCGUCCUCCGCGAAUACGGCAAGCCCGACCUCCCCUGGUCCAUCAAGGCCCAGAUGCAAGGCCGACCCGGCCCCCAAGCCGCCGCCAUCUUCCACGCCUUCGCCCGGCUGCCCAUCACGCACGACGAGUUCAUGGCGAAACAGGGCGCGCUGCAGCGCGAGCACUUCCCCAAGGCCCAACCGCUGCCGGGAGUGGUGCGGCUGCUGGACGAUCUGACGAAGCGGACUGGGGGGGCGAAGGAGGGGGAGAAGGAGGGAGGGGACAGCAAGAAGAAGAAGAAGAAGGUGCACGUCGCGCUCGCGACGAGCAGCCACGCGGGCAACUACGCGCUCAAGACGGCGCACCUGCCCGACCUCUUCGCCGUCUUCCCCGACGAGAACCGCGUCCUGGGCGACGACGCGCGCAUCGAAAAGGGCCGCGGGAAGCCGCUGCCGGACAUUUACCUGCUCGCGCUGGAGACGGUCAAUGCGAGACUGAGGCGCGAGGGCGCGGCGGAGGAGGACCUGGUGCGGCCGGAGGAGUGCUUAGUGUUUGAGGAUAGCGUGCCCGGCGUGGAGGCGGGGAGGAGGGCGGGCAUGCAGGUCGUUUGGUGUCCGCAUCCGGGGCUGGCGGAGGAGUAUCGCGGGAGGGAGGGGGAGGUGCUGGCGGGGAGGACGGGCGAGCACAAGGGGUUGGAUGACGAGAGGAGCGGGAGGGUUGGGGAGAUUGGGGAUGGGUGGGCUGUGCAUUUGGAGAGUCUGGUGGACUUUCCGUAUGAGAGGUUUGGGAUUGAGGUUGUGUGA